ACCCUCUAGGUCCCUCCUGGCCGAUGACCGGUCAACAUCGCCCCUUCAUUGUUGCAGUGAAGUCGCCGCGGACCCCCGCACGUCCCGCACCCCCUUCACGCACGCCCGCACGCCCCAACACUAGGCAAACGGUAUCAAAAAUGGCGUCACAAGAUGACUUUAAAGAUGUCAUGCGCGAUAUCUACAAAUACUCUCCUCUCAUUGAACUGGAAGAUCAGGAGCUGUUGCAGAGCUGGGUCAAACGCCUGGCCGACGCCUGUUCCUCGGGGAAGGACCAGAGCAAGGCUCUCGACUAUGCGCGCUAUCUUGCCUACCAGCUGCAGCGCAAGCAGCUGCGCUUCCCCUUUUCGCAGCCGCCCACUGAAGGACCGCUACCCGACCUCAAGGAAGUCCUGUUUGGACCAGAAUCCGACGUGACCGCAGCGGUCUUGGACACGUCGUGUCAGGUGACUGGCUUUAGGCGUGCGCUAGCGCAGAAGAAGGACGUCAGCUUCAAUGACAGCGCCGCCAGUUGGGCCGGCAGAGGAAGGGACGACCUGUGGGACAGCCACCAGGGGGCGCGCGGCGCGGCGUCAAACUGGGAGAGUCAUAUCGCCGAUCCAAAAUGCGAGAGGGACGUCGCGGCCCAAAUGGAGGAGCUGGCAGAAGAUGCGCCCCUGUGGCUGCUCCUGACGCGUGUUUGCCCUCACACGCGCGAUGCUGGCGCGCUGAUGCACGCCGUGGUGGCCGAGGAGUUGGCCGAGUGGUCUGCUAGGCUCGCCGCGGAGCAGACAGUGGCCAGCCAAGAGCCGGGUCAACAGCAGGGAGACGACGACGAGGAGGAGGAGUGGGGCGCAAAGGCAGACGGACGAGCUGACUACUGGCACGAGGUUGCCGAGGUCCUGAGGUCGCUAAACAAAGAAGACGUCUCCAAAGUCGGACAUCUUAUGGCAGAUAUCUGUGACUGGCUUACUCGCCAGAGCAGGCAAUUGCAGGCUGAGCACGCUCAACUGCAGGCUCUUUCAGAUGAAUUGCGUGAAGCUCAUCGUCAAGUUUCAGAAAGUCUAAAAUGGCGAGAAGCACAAUUUGAAAUGCAGAACAGGGUCCUCCAAACAGAAGUGACAUCAUUGAGACAAAGGUACUUUUCACGAUCCAAUUGUGUAGAAAAUACAAUUCAUGUGCAAUCCUCAACUGAUUUUGGUCUUGCAACAGCAUUGAUGAAAAGACGAAGAUAUUCAAUCUCAAGAUUGCAAACAAAAACCCCUCUGGAACAGCAAAACGAUUAUCUAUAAGUCAAGAUAGCUUGGAUGCUUCCAAAAAUUCAACCAAUCAGAGUCAAUAGAAAAGUUUUUCAAAAAUUUAUUUGUAAAAAUAAGGAAAAUUGACUGCCAGAUAAAACAGUUUCACUGAUUUACUGGAACGAAAUAAAUCUAAUCACAAUGA